AUGCCUUAUUAUGAUUCCCACAACUUCACUACAGAUCUGUUGAGCACGUUGCUAUUCCAAGGCAUGGUGCCCAUACUCUUACUCUCAGCUUGGUCUCUAGCUGGCCUAGCAAAUGCUCGCAAGCCGAAUCUUCCACUACAAGGGUUGGAGAUAUCUGGCUUCGACUGGUCUAAGAUAGAGCCAUCAGCAAACCUACAAUGGACGUCCUGUUAUGAGUCCUACGAGUGUGCUCGACUGCUGGUUCCGCUCGACUGGACUAACUCAUCCAACCCCAACUUUGCUGCUGUGGCACUGACGAGAGUUCCAGCGGUCGUACCACGCAACGAUUCCACUUUUGCCGGAUCGAUCUUGAUCAACCCUGGAGGCCCUGGUGGCUCAGGUGUUGAUGAAGUGAUCUGGUCAGGAUAUGGUGUUCGCGAUGAGAUUGUUGACAAUCCUGGCAAGCAGCACUGGGAGAUUGUAGGAUGGGAUCCGAGAGGAGUUCACCACACGACACCAGGAUUGACGUGUUUUGGAAGCGAUUGGGAUCGCCAAAUAUGGCAAUAUCGCGACUGGGCAGUUGGCCAGCUGAGUUCCAACGAUCACGCACUCGACAUUAAAUGGGCAACGCAUGAAAGCUUGGCCAACCUCUGUGCUGAAUCGAAAAUAGGCAAAUUUGAGGAUGGCGCAAAUAUGCAUCAGUUCGUAAGUACAGCCCUGACAGCCCGAGAUAUGGUGGCUAUUGUCGAUGCUCUUCAAGCAGAACAAAAACCUCUGUCCUCGAGUAUUCAAAGCGCAAACCACGUUCUACAACAACUUGUAAGACCAGGAAAACCGGCUCUGCUUAAUUACUGGGGCUGGUCAUAUGGAACUUACCUUGGGAACACCUUCGCCUCAAUGUUCCCUAAUCGAGUAGGCCGUAUGAUACUCGACGGAAACGUCGAUCCAAUUGACUACACAGCGACUGGCUGGCUUUCCAAUCUCUAUGAUAACAACAAGAAUUUGCACUGGUUUUACUACAGCUGUUUUCAUGCUGGGAAGAAAUGUGCAUUCUUUGACUCCAAUACAACAACUUUAUCAGAUUUGGAAAAGAAGAUGCACACUUUGCUAAAUAGGCUUAGAAACAAUCCUCUAGCUGUGGCUCAUAAUGGUUCUGCCGACCUCGUUACCUACGACGACAUGGCAAAUCUCAUACAUGGCGCAGCAUAUGCUCCUCGAUACUUCUGGCCUGACGUUGCUCAGGUGGCGCAGGACCUCCUCAACAACAACGGGACAUCGAUUAUCAAAUACCUGAAAAGCCUACAAAUUUCCCAGAGUCCUAACACAAACACUCCUACUUCUCCAGAUGACCACAAGUCCUUGGUGCUCAACAACGAGACCCUACCCUACCCUCCUGACUAUUCCGGUGGGCUCGAGGGUGCCAUUUCUAUCCUAUGCGGAGAUGGACAGUCCCUCAACGGCUUGACCAAGCACGAUUGGAAACAACGAUUCUCACAGCUCAACAAUCAAUCUGCUAUAGCAGGUCCCUUCUGGGCAGCGAUCCCCUUCAUGUGUCAGCACUGGCCGUCGAGCCUUCGCCCUGCAGAUCACAACCGCUUCAAGGGUCCUUUCCAGUCGAGGCUGGCAGACUACGAUGAACGAGCAUCGCCACUACUCUUCAUUGGCAAUACUGCUGACCCUGUGACUCCGUUACGAAACGCGAUUGGAAACUCUAGGCAUCAUGAAGGUAGCAGAGUUCUUACACAGGAUUCUCCAGGCCACUGUGCGGGACCGGUAAACCCAAGCACAUGUACCUUCGAGGUUAUACGAAGCUUCUUCGCCAACGGGACAUUACCGGAGAUAGGUAAAGUUUGCACAAUUGACGGAAGCCCAUGGGAUUAA